UAUAAUAUAAUAUGUUCUAGGUGUACGAGUAAUAUAUUCAAAAAGUUAUAAUGUUUUUACGACAAAAUAUUGGACUGUAACGAGUUCUAUAUCAGUAUACGAUUAUUGAUAUAGAUUAGGAGCUGAACUAUUGUGUUUACAUUGAUUCUCGAUCGAAGUUUUGAAUUAGAAGUUCGUGAAUUCAAGUUGAUUAAUAAGUCGAAUUAAAAACAUUUUUUUUUUAUUUAUUUAAAUAUAUUUUCUCAAGGAGUAUUGUUUUAUUUUUAAUUAACAUCUCAAUUGAAAUUUUCUGCAAUUUGAAACAUGGAGGUUAAUGUUGAUGAUGUCGUUAUGCCAGGAGAUAUUGUAAAAGAUAUUCUUAAAAAUGAUACAAAAGAAACAGUUGUCUUGGGACCUGGACUUCGACGUGAAGCUGACACUGUUUUUGUUUGUAAAGCUGGUAUUCUCCAAAAACGACCUCCUGCUGUGUAUUAUGUAAACAGUUAUCAAAAACGUUAUGUACCUAUUCGAGGAGAAAAUGUUAUUGGUAUUAUCAUCCAAAAAGUCGGAGAUUUAUAUAGAGUAGAUAUAGGUGCAAAAGAGAGUGCGGCCCUUUCCUACUUGGCAUUCGAAGGCGCUACGAAGAAAAAUCGUCCGGACAUUCAAGUUGGAGAUAUUGUGUUUGCAAAAUUACUUGUAGCCAUUAAAGAUAUGGAACCAGAACUUGUAUGCGUCGAUUCUCAAGGAAAACAAAAAAAGUUAGGCAUUUUAAGUUCCGACGGUAUGCUAUUUACCUGCACCUUAAAUCUUGCAAGGAAAUUGCUUAAUCCAAAUUGCCCAUUAUUUAAUUUUCUUGCGAAAAAUCAAGCAUACGAAGUUGCCAUUGGUAUGAAUGGAAAGGUAUGGGUUAAAACAACGUCGGUACAUAAAACUAUCGCAAUUGCUAAUGCAAUUUUAGCAGCAGAAUUUAUAUCUCCUGAAAAAAUGCAAGAACUGUGUAAUUCAAUUGAAAAAACAUUACUUAUGUUAACAUAAAAAAUAAAACAAAUACGAUUAAUAAAUACAAUCGAAAUACACAAUAA